AUUAGGAUUGAGAGGAUGAUGAAUGCUGAUGAAAUUUAUGAAGUGUACAGACCUCAAAAAUUAGGCUAUGAUGAAUCACUAGAGCUUUUCAGCUGGCAUGCUUUUGGACAAAAGCACCCCAUUCAAGGUCACAUGGACUUAUCAAAAAUGUUUGUGCAACAUUGCGAUGGGCUUCCUCUAGCUCUUCAAGUGUUGGGUUCUUCUGUACGAAGGAAAAAUAUGGAUCUAUGGGAAAGUGAGUUACAGAAAUUGGAAGCAACUUCUGAUAAUGCAAUUCUGGAAAAACUUGAAAUAAGUUAUGAUUUUCUAAAAGAUAAACACGAUAAAGAUCUAUUCCUGGACAUAGCUUGUUUCUUUGUUAGAAAAAAGAAAAAUAAAACGAUCAAAAUAUUAGAAGGAUGUGAUUGUUUUCCACUUGCUGGAAUUCAUAACCUUAUCGACCGAAAUCUCUUAACAAUUGAAAAUGAGAUGUUGCAAAUGCAUCAGUUACUUCAGGACAUGGGAAAACAAAUUAUUUGCCGUGAAUCUAAGCAUCCUGAGAAGCGAAGCAGAAUUUGGCGCCCUAGAGAAUCCUUCAACAUUUUGCUAGAAAAAAUUGUUACGGAAAUAAUUGAAGGCCUUGUACUUGACAUGAACAUGUUGAGAAAUUCCGACAUGUCUGCGAUUGAAGCAAAUACAUUUGAAAAGAUGUAUAAUUAGAGACUACUCAAGCUGAGUGGUGUACAACAAUCUGGAACAUCCAAUGCAUUUCCCAAGAGAUUACGAUGGUUGUAUUGGCGUGGUUUUCCAUCAGCAUCUUUCCCCAAUGAUUUUCCUCUGGAGAACUUGGUCUCUCUUGACAUGCGUUAUAGCAACUUGAAGCAACUUUGGAAAGGAGCUAAAGUUCUUGAAUCGUUGAAAAUUUUAAAUCUCAGUCACUCCCCAAAACUUGAGAAAACUCCGGAUUUCUCGAGAAUCCCACGCCUAGAGAAAUUGUUUCUCAAAGCUUGUCCAAGUUUGUUCAAGGUCGAUGAAUCUAUCGUAGAACUACAGAGGAUAGAGUUAGUGAAUCUACAAGAUUGCAAAAAACUGAGAAUGCUUCCAAAAAACAUUGGUAUGCUAGAAUCUCUUGUAGAAAUAGAUAUUUCCGGUUGCUCAAACCUUAUGGGGGCAAUAGAGGAGCUUGAGAAGAUGAAAUCACUGCAAGUGCUUAAAGCAAGUAGAAUGGAAACUGAUCGUUUCCU